GCGAUGGCCAGACAAUCAGAGCCUCACAUUCGUUUAACAACAUAAUUUUCUCCUAGGAAACAGUUCGUUUGCCUUCACACGUACUCCGAGUAACUCCCGUAAACAAAAUACAAAAAAUCCGCAGAACCACCGUUUAAGAAACCCGCCAAUCCUGCACAGGUUUCUUACAGUGCGUUCCAUCCCAUUGCAGUCAAGUUCUUAAAUUGAGAGGUUUCAUUGAAAAUUAUUGAUUUAUUGUGCGUGUUCCUUGAACGACCUUUAAACCAUAUCAAAUCUAUUCGCAACAAGGAGCAUUCGGAUAAGCGAAAUUAAGAGAAACUGACCAUAUCUGGUCCGGAUCUUCCACGUUCUGCCACGGUGAGUAUUCGGAUGUCCUUAUUCUUAAGAUUAUUAUAUAGUAUCAUAUCUUAGUAGGCGAUCAGUUUGCUUUCGGUUGUGAUACAUACAAAUGCCUUUCUGAGCUGUCACAUUUCCGAUUAGUCACUAUUUUUUUACGUUUGUAAGCUGCCGCCAGUUUAAGAAGCGGCGCCACGGGGUUGCCUAACCGGGGUAAGUGGACGCCACGUUCUCCUCGUAACUCCAAUAACGAGCUCCUAUACUCCAGCAGUUGAGCUCUAUACGUAUAUUUUUUAUAACAAUAUUGCUGAGCAGAAGACUGUCCACUGUUUUCUAUCUGAGAACCUAUCUCCCAGGACUCUCCUUCAGGCGCAGUACGAUCUCUGACUGUCCGUCGAUAGUGAAACGCGGCGGCCGAUUUGAGGCAACCAAGCUGAUUAGUGUGAAAAUGUCUAUGGGUCGAAUUAUUCGAAAAGGCAGCGCCAGCGAGUUAACGCGGAAGGGUAGUACCAUAGUGGUAACUGUUCCUCCUUUGGUGAAGAAGUCGAGCAAAAGCCGCUCGUUUCACUUCCGCUAUCUGGAGCUGUGCCGAGCAAAGAACAUAACGCCGGUUCCAGAAAUUCGCAGUAAAAACAAUUCGACUACCACCUUUUUGGAGCUGUGCGGGGACAAGUUGGCGGUUAGCGACUGGCAGCUUCUGACCGAGGCACUUCACUAUGAUCUUGUGCUCCAGCAGCUGGUGGUGCGCCUGCGCCGAACAUAUCCACAAACCAACAUCGAUCCCAUUGACACUGAGAAACGUGCACGUCUUUUUCGCCAAAGACCGGUGAUCUUUACGCGUUUCAUCUUCUAUAAUCUGGUUCAGGCAAUUGCUAAUUGCGUUUCUAGCAACAAGAACUUGAGCGUACUCAAGCUAGAGGGGCUACCGUUGCAGGAUGGCUAUAUCGAGGCCAUUGCUAAGUCCCUAGCUGACAACGAAUGUCUCGAAACAAUAAGUUUUCGUAAGUCCAACAUUGGUGAUAAGGGAUGCGAGGUGGUCUGCAAUACAGCCAAGUACCUGAAUCGUUUGGAGGUCUUCGAUGUCUCGGAGUGCGGACUUACGUCUAAGGGAGCAGAGCAUGUGGCUGAUUUGCUUAAGAUGCAAAAGAUCUCUCGUUUCACGGAGGGUUGGGAGAAGUCACUUCGCUACCGGAGUGUGGAUGUGAACACGAUUGGCGGACUUCGAACGGUACUGCUGGCAGACAAUCCGGCUAUAGGAGACGACGGCAUCCGAUGGAUAACCGAGGUCCUGAAAGAGGAUGCCUGGAUAAAGAAAAUCGACAUGGAUGGCUGCGGAUUGACCGAUAUAGGAGCCAAUCUGAUUCUCGAUUGCCUGGAGCUGAAUACAGCGAUUGCGGAGUUUAGUGUGCGGAAUAACGAGGGUAUAAGUAAGUUUCUGCAGCGCAGCAUCCGAGACCAUUUGGGUGGACCACCCGAGGAGAAAGAAGAGCCAGAGUACGACUUAAGUUGCAUUAACGGUCUGCAGAGUCUACCCAAAAAUAAGAAGGUAACGGUUUCCCAACUGCUGGCCCACACCAAGGUUUUGGAGGAGCAGCUCUCCUUUGAGAGGACGAUGCGCAAGAAGGCUGAGAAGCUAAACGAGAAGCUUAGCCACCAGCUUAUGCGAUCUGACUCCAACCCCAUCAUCCAUGAGAAGGUCAUGGAGAGUGGAUCCCACACGAACUCUUCUCGGGAGUACGUAGAACGGCAUGAGGUUAUUCAGGAGGUGACCAAAGAGUCUCAGAGUUACCGCCAGUCGCACUUCAACCGGCUGGUGAAUAGUGCGGUGACAAGUCCUGAUGUCUCACCUCGCAGCGAAAUAGUCACUUUGCGGAAGGAGCAGCAGAUGCAACAAAACUCCUCACGCAUGCAGAUUAAGCAUCCUUCAAUGGAGCAGCAGCUUAGGACUCUGCGUGAGGUGCAAGAGGAGGAGGAAGAGGAACUGGAGCCGGAGCAGGAGCAUGAGCGCCUGGGGAACACGCAAUCGGAGUCAGAAGUACAAAUCGAGGAGCAACAGUACUACCAGCAACCAAUGUCAAUCCCAAUGCAGCGCAAACAACUCCAAGUGCGCAAGGUGCGUAGCGAGAUGAAGUAUGUGGAAAAUAAUCCCAAGGAGGCUACCAACAAGAAUCGGGAAUCCAAAUCGGAUCAUGAGUUUGCCAAUGAGCGUGAUUUCAAGCUUAAUCCUGCUGUCCAAUUUGAGACGGACAUUGGCGACAGUACGAUGGUUAAUUCUGGCCAGCGUUACGAGUGUGAAGCAGAAAUGGGAUAUAGCCACAACUAUGAACAGGUCCAGCCAGUAAAACGGGGCUAUGAGAAAGGUUAUGGGCUGGGAGACGGUUCCUACAGAAGACAGAAAUCCUCCCACCUUGUCGAGGCUUUAGUUCAAAAACGUAGCGCAGGUUCGGGCGAUGGACAAGUGGCGCAGUUCGUCAGCGCUUUGGAAAGAAAAGCGAACGGUGGAAAUUCGGCAAAAAACCGCCAGAAGCCCCGACCUGAGAGCAAUCGUAAGGUUCCCAUCAGCGAGAUGCAAAUGGAGUCCUAUAUGUCCAGCUACGAAGAGCUCUCCUCCUCUACAGAUGUUACGUUGGAAAACUCGGACUACGAGGCGGAUAACACAGACUCCACGUUACGAGGCAGCUCUAAUUAUUCUUCCAUGCAGGUAUUUGUACGGCGCAAACACUCUGAAUCCUUGUCGCUGGCUGAGGAGUCCGGCGACGGGGAUGCAGGCGGUGGUGAUGGGCAAGGGGAUAAUGGCGACUCAGCGCUUUUAUCCCCGCGCGAAGUUUACCUGUCCAUGCAGCACACGAAGCAGCAGGAACAGAGCGCCUAGGUUUUAUCUUUCAAAAUCCCAGCAGUCAUUCGCAGUAAAAGCAGCGACACCUCUGCUGGAUCUUUCAAAAAACAGUGUCACCAUAUACCAGCCAACUCCAUUCGAUGGGAUCCCCAUUGGGAGAGCUAAAUUUGCAGUUGUACUCCCGGGCAGUACAAGUACAAAAGAAAACCCCAUUGCACGUGUCCUGUUCCCUGCGAAUUCAAACUGCGCCAAAAAUGUACAAAAAUAUAAAUUAAUCUUAAUUACCAUUAAAGGUUUGCCAUUUGUGUGCUCACUAAGCGA